AUGGACCAGGAAGCUUCCUCCCGCCGCAUAUCUACAAUCUCGAUACCGUCGUCCCCGCCGCGCGGCCGACGGCCGUCGAAUGCCCAGGCUGGACCCUCUGGGCCUCGCAAGCGUAGACGACUGACGAACCAGACCGUCUCGUCUUCAGGAUCUCAGCACGAGAACGUUAACGACGCCAUCGAAUCGAUAGAUCUGACCGAGGUAGACGGCAAUUCAGCGAUCGCGAAAGUUUUAGCGAAACAGAGAGAAGAUGCUGUUGCUGCACAGCAGCCUAGUGAUAGCGGAAGUGCACGCACCAAGUUGACGGCUUAUAAGUGUCCUGUCUGCAUGGACACUCCCACCGAUGCCACAACUACAGUUUGUGGACAUCUGUUUUGCCACCAAUGUAUUACCGAAGCUCUCAAGAUUGGCGAAGAACGAACCGAUCAGGCUGGAAAAUCCCGAGGUACUUGUCCUGUAUGUCGCAAACCGCUCGCACGACAAGAUUCGCCCGGGCCGAAGAGAUCUCUGGUUCCUCUUAAAAUAAGUCUCACUACGAAGAAGAAAUCUGCUGCAUCAACACAGAAAGAGGUUUUUUGA